UUUUCCAUUCUUUUCUCUCACUUCUCUGAAUCUCUCUUUCUUCUUGCAGGUUUCUUUGAUAAUGGAUUCAGGAUGGUGGAGGCCUUUUUCAAAGACCGAUUCCCGUGUCCCUUUCCAAGAACGCUUCCUUCAUCAGAAAAAUUCUUCGCAGGAUCAGGAUAAUUUGGAUAGGUUUAUUCCAAAUAGAUCAGCAAUGGAUUUUGGUUAUGCUCAUUACAUGCUGACGGAGGGUACAAAGGGAAAAGAAAAUCCAGAGGUGAUUACACCAUACCAGAAAAAACUCGCAGAAGCCGUUAACAUCAAUGACGGAACUCGAAUAUUGGCUUUCAAGAAUAAGCCUCCGACACCGGUUGAACUCGUACCUAGGGAAAUUCUUUCGCCUCCUCCUCAAUCCAAAUUAUCCAAACCCAAACGAUGUAUUCCUCAGACUUCUGAGAGGACCUUGGAUGCCCCUGAUAUCUUGGAUGAUUUUUACUUGAAUUUACUAGAUUGGGGUAGCGAUAAUGUCCUUAGUAUUGCCCUUGAAAAUACAGUUUAUCUUUGGAAUGCUUCAGAUAGUUCCACUUCAGAACUUGUCACUGUGGAUGAGGAAUAUGGUCCUGUCACAAGUGUUAACUGGGCCCAAGAUGGUCGCCAUUUAGCCAUUGGUUUGAACAAUUCUCAUGUCCAGAUAUGGGAUACCAGUGCUUCUAAACAGCUAAGGACACUAAAGGGUGGACAUAGAACAAGAGUGGGUUCACUGGCUUGGAACAGUCACAUUCUGACAACAGGAGGAAUGGAUGGUAAAAUAGUAAACAAUGAUGUUAGAGUGAGAUCUCACAUUGUUGAAACGUACAGAGGACACAACCAGGAAGUUUGUGGGCUCAAGUGGUCAUCCUCAGGACAUCAAUUGGCGAGUGGUGGAAACGAUAAUGUUGUUCACAUAUGGGAUAGGUCUGUGGUUUCCUCAAAUUCACCUACUAAUUGGCUUCAUAGGUUUGAGGAACACACAGCUGCUGUGAAGGCACUAGCUUGGUGUCCUUUUCAGGGUAACCUAUUGGCAUCUGGUGGAGGUGGGGGUGAUCAUUGCAUUAAACUGUGGAACACACACACAGGUGCGAGACUGAAUUCUUUCGAUACAGGAUCACAAGUUUGUUCUCUGCUCUGGAACAAGAAUGAGCGCGAGCUUCUUAGCUCACAUGGGUUCACUAAAAACCAGCUCACCCUUUGGAAGUAUCCUUCAAUGGUGAAGAUGGCAGAACUCAACGGUCACACCUCGAGAGUGCUGUACAUGACACAGAGCCCGGAUGGGUGUACUGUGGCAUCUGCAGCCGCAGAUGAGACUCUCAGGUUUUGGAAUGUCUUUGGAAACCCAGCAACAGCAGGAAAAGCUGCGCCAAAGGCAUAUAGUGAACCGUUUGCAAAAUUCAACCGUAUCCGGUAAAAAUGAACUCUCAUAUGCAAAGCAGGUAGGUUUCUUUCGACCAAUAAUUGGCGGAUCUGUUACUUACAAUGAUCAACCAUAUUCCAAGUUCUUAAAAAGCAGCUUGUUCACAUAUGGUAUCUAUGAGCUAGGCUUGGAGAGAACAUGUGUCAAGGAGUGUCUGGUGGAGAGAGGAAAGAGUUUGUAUUGGCAAUGAGAUCAUAAUCAAUCCUUCUCUUCUAUUAGUUUGGAUUCUACAUCAGCCUUGGGGAUUGUUCAAAUGCUACAUGACAUAGCUGUGGUUUGCAUCUAUCAGUUUAAGGGCAGAGUUGUUAAUGUUGGUUUCAAGCGCCUGGAGAAGAGUCUAAGGAGGAUUUUGAGGAGCAUGCUGCGAAAGUCAAGACUCUAAAAGAGAGUCCAUCAAAUGAAAACUUGCUUAUCCUUUAUGGAUUGUACAAGCAAGCCACUCUUGGACCUGUUACCACCGCUCGUCCUGGGAUUUUCAGCCAGAAAGACAGAGCUAAAUGGGAU